AUGCCGAUCGAUCGCUGUGUAGGAGUGGGCGUUUUGAGCCUUUACAUUUUGUUCACACCGUCAUAUAUCAUCGUCGUCGUCCCCAUAAAACAUCGUAAAAUCAUCGACAUUGCAGCACCUGUAAGUUUUUCGGGCAACCACCCAAACAAAUUUAGUAUGGCCGUUGCUUAUGCUACGGAAGUUUUUACGAGGAAAGAAGAAUGUUUGGAAUGAAUUCCUCAUGGCCUUAAAAUAUAGGUAAACAUGUAACAUUGUAACAUAUUGUAUAUUAAUAAAUUAUAUGUAUAUAUAUAUUUCUAUAUUUUAAUAUUUAUUAGAUAUUUAUAUGAUAUAUACAGGGAGAUUUUUAAGCAUGCUUACCCUAUUUAUAUAUUUAAAUUAUAGAUAAAUUCAAUUUAGAAUUUUUGAAAUUUGUAUAAGUAACGAAAUAAAACAUUUUUGAAUAUCUAGUUCGAUUUUUUACAAAAUUUAAGGAGUACUCAGUGGCAAUACCAACUUUGGUUUUUCAAAUAAGAACCUACUAUAUUUAAUAUAAAUUGUUAAUCGGAUGAUUUUUCUGAACAUUUUUACACAUAAUAAUUAAAAUUUAAACAAAUAAUUUAGUUAUUCUACUUAAAAUGAAAAAAAAAAAUAAUAAUAAAAACCGGUUUUUCGAUAACUGCAAGGAUUAACAAAAGAAAUCACCUAUACGCAACUCCUAUGAAAUAAUUUCAGUACCCAAUUUCCUUAAAAAGAUAUUAUCCUUAGUAUUUAAAGCAGAAUAACUUAGAAACAUUCUUUCAAAUUUUGAUUACAAUGCGUCAACAUUUUCAAAAAAAAAAAAAAAUUAAUUAAUUCACAAUUUGCAAUAAAUCAUAUAGGUUUUCAUUUGAAAAACCAAAGUUGGUAUCGCCAAAGGAUACCCUUUAAACAUUAUGAAAAAUCAAAGUAUAUGAAAAUUUCGUCAUUCAUAAUCCUAAAAAUUCUAAAACAUCAGAAUUUAUAUAUAAUUUAACCAUAAAAUAAUAGUGCUUCAAAAAUUACCUGGUUUUCAAUCACCCAUUGAUUUGUGUAAAAUAUGUAAUUUUUCGAAAAUAUGAACUUUUGAUUUAUGAAGCGAGAACUAAUUUUUGUCGUAUAUUUCUAGGCUUUCAUCUUUUGGUUGUGGACAUUCAAAAUAACAACAAACAAAAUGAACUAUUUUACGGUAAAACAUAAUACUAAAAGCUAUAUAAUUGAUAUUGAAAAAGCAGUGAAUCCAUCUUCUAAAACAGAAAAGGAUGUAGAAGAAUUCGAAUUAUGUACGAUUUCUAGUACACUGCAGGUUAUUAUAGUUUAAUUAGUAUUAUUUUUAUUUUUAGUGACUAAAUGGUUGUUAAAUAACAAAAGUAUACGUUCUACAAUAACACUAGUUACGUUUACAGGAUCUGAAGGUCCUCUGUCUACUUUUGGUACUGGAAUAAUCAUACGAUCAUUAAUUUUGUAUUCUGGAAUUUAG